ACAUGUAAGAAAAGAAUAAGUACAUUAAACUUUGCACUUCAUUGAAUAACAAACUUUCUUUUUUUUAAUAAUUUAUUAAUUUAUUUAGCUUAGAAUCGCAUUUCUUCGCGAGCGUGUCUGCAUAAUCAAACAUGGUGGACCAUGUGACCAUAGGUCCACAUGGACCAUCGACAUAUAGAAUGGACCACUGAUCGCAGUGGUGGGGGUAGUGAUCGGGUGUGAAAAAUAGAGGCAGACAACUGGAGAGUCUUCCGUCUCUUUCUACUGUAUACCGCGGUAGCCAAUCAGGCUUUAUUAGAGAGAGACGGAAGUAGAGACCCUAUAAGAAGAGACUCGCCAACUCGUCACGUGAUCCUUAGUGGACUCUGAUUGGCUGGGGUAUGGAUCGCAAAUGUGGGCUCCAUGAAGCCACAUACAUAACCUAUCCCGAAGAUGCAAAUGAGCAGAUGUUCUACAAAGGUGAUUGUUAGAUAUGCUCGGGAUGCGCGGGAGUCAGAGUGUACUGUCCAACACUUAUCGUGGUUGUAAUAAACUUUAUUUUAAUAUUACUUAAUAGCGUAAUCUCCAAGAGAACAAAGACGUGUGGUGAGCUGCGUUGCGAGAAUCGAAGAGAAGUGAUAUCGCUAAAUUCCGUCGCGCCGCUAUCAUCGCUAUCAUCGCUAUCAUCGCUAUAAUCGCUAUCAUCGCUAUCGCUGUACUACGCGCGUAACUUAAAUCUACGUAUAUGUAUAUAACAGUGAUAUUUUUACACAUCUGUUAGUAAGUAAAUUUUUCAUAUCUAAGUAAAAUUAUGAGAAAAGUAACAAUUAUAACAAAUGUCAUGAAUAAGUUUCGAAUUAAUAAAUGUAGAAGCUUUACAAUAGUUAAAUAAGUAAUAUGAAAGGUAGAGAUACCUGUUUCGUUAAUAAUAUAAUUCUUAUUGUAGAUUUGGAUCUUCUAUUGUGCAAUGCCACACAUUUGCUGUGCAUCGAGGUGCUUCAAUACACCUCAACAGGGAUAUGCAUUAGUACGAUUCCCUAAAGAAGAUAGAUAUCGCAAAAUAUGGUCAGAUGCUUUGGGCGAAAAUGUGUCCUCCAAACGUUCUUUGGAAAAUCUUAGAUUGUGCGAGGUGAGUACUAUGUGGUCAUCGUAAGAAUGCUAUGCAGGAUCCAAAUAAAAAUAAUUCAAAACAUGCUUCUGUUUGUUCAGGUGCACUUUGAACCAUCGGAUUUAUUGAUAGUGGGUAGCCGAAAAGAAGUGAAGAAGAACGCAAUACCUUCACGUUUUUGCAUAGCAUUCUUACGAUAGGUUAUGUAUGUGGCUUCAUGGAGCCCACAUUUGCGAUCCAUACCCCAGCCAAUCAGAGUCCACUAAGGAUCACGUGACGAGUUGGCGAGUCUCUUCUUAUAGGGUCUCUACUUCCGUCUCUCUCUAAUAAAGCCUGAUUGGCUACCGCGGUAUACAGUAGAAAGAGACGGAAGACUCUCCAGUUGUCUGCCUCUAUUUUUCACACCCGAUCACUACCCCCACCACUGCGAUCAGUGGUCCAUUCUAUAUGUCGAUGGUCCAUGUGGACCUAUGGUCACAUGGUCCACCAUGUUUGAUUAUGCAGACACGCUCGCGAAGAAAUGCGAUUCUAAGCUAAAUAAAUUAAUAAAUUAUUAAAAAAAAGAAAGUUUGUUAUUCAAUGAAGUGCAAAGUUUAAUGUACUUAUUCUUUUCUUACAUGUUUGUUCCAGAUUUGCGUCGUUGAAAACAUUUUGUGCUGCAGAAGAGGAGCACAAAGGUUUUCUAGACUACAAAGAAAUGUUCGAAGCAAGUGUAGCAUGCAGAAAAGCAUUGCGGCAGUUUGUGAUAGAAAUGAGUGAAGAGAACUACAGUAUCUCUUCCGCAGAGUUUUUGCAAGCUCAUAUAAAUAGCUAUCACUGUACUCCACUGUACUAUCACUGUACGUCAGAUACUCCCGUGACCGACCUUCUUGGCCCUUGUACUCAUUCUAUGCAUUUAACUGUGAAUGAAGAAAAACUCAAUUUAUUGGUCCAGUGUUUCACAAAUGAAACGACACAUCACUUGAAAUAUUAUUUACUUAUGAAUGAAUUAGAAAGUCUACAUGAGCAGUCACAGAGUGAACCGAGGACUGAUCUCACGCAUAUUUAUUAUGGUAAAGAGCUUCUGCCAUACGUGAAGCAUCAUUAUCUAAAAACCGUAUCGCAGAACUUUAUAAAUCGUCCUGCUGAGCAUCAGGUAUUUAAAGAGUCAUCACAUGAAGAAGAAACAUACCCGCUUAAACCAAAAAAGAGGAAGGCUAGUAUGAAAUAUGCAGUGGGUAUGAUCGUGAAAAUGUUUUCAAACGUUACUGGCGUGAUAAUCGGAUGGCUGAUGAGAGAUUUUAAUAUGAGAGUCCAUUACGCCGGCCAAAUACGAGCUUACAUAGACUUUGCGAGGACAACACAAUAUUUUCCAUGGCCGGAAUAUAUCUGGAGAAGGUAAAGACGCCACAACCUCUCAAGAACGAUGUACUCGGCAGAUAUUUCUCAGAAUUCAAUGGUACUCAUUAUAUACCAAACGAGACAUUGAAGAGGAUCUAUCCAGAUGAUUUAUUAUAUUUGACUAACCAAUUGUAACUUUUUUAUUAUUGUAUAUUUAAGAUCUAGAAUGUACGCAAAUAUGUUACCUAGUCUUUCUACCAAAGAGAAAUUAAACUAUAUUUUAUAAAAUAAUAACAUAAGUAAUUGAGAAAUGUAUUUUAUACUUUGACUAAUAAAUACAUUUUGACUAUUGCAAAAUACAAUUUUAUAUCAGUUUAUAAUAUGGAGAAAUUAUUGCUUCCCCUUCUGUCACCCUUCUGUUAUAUUGAAUUUUUAAUUUAAAAACGUAAUAAGAGUAAAAUUUAUAUAUUCUGUAUACGUGUCCGAUAAUGAUCGCCCCAGCUUCCGUACACGAGUAGAGCGGAUCGAGACGAAGAGAAAAGUCCUAUACCGUUUUGCUAUUUUCGCAAUAAUUAUCGAGUAAUUAAUUAUUAAAAAUUAUCAUAUUAAGCCCGCCUACCGCCAAAUGUAAGCGACAUAUAGUACUGGACGGAGCAUGUCAACGAUGUCGAUGUAUUAUAUCUUUUAGAUUAAUUGUAACAAAAAAAACGAAGCCUGCCAUCGGCGGGAUUCGAAUGUUCGCCUGUGCAAUGAUGAAGGGUGCAAAAAGAGCAAGCCUUACCACACUAGCGGCUCGCGGCUGCAGCUGCAAUUGCGUCUGCGAUUGCAAUUCCUUCUUGGCCAAUCAGUAGCAAGAACCAAUAAAAUGAAGGCAAUUUCAAACAAUAACUCAUCUAUGUCGCAAAGUAAAAUAAUAAAAUCAUAUUUCGAUAGAUCUCACUGGGUUUUGUCACGCAGUCAAGGUAAAGGUGUAAUAACGUUCAAUUGUUUUUGAUUUUUAUUUCAUAAAAUAUAGUUUUAUACUCUACAAUAUUUAUAUACAGGGUGUAUCUUAAAACGCGCCCACCAAGUACAUAAUGUUAUUCCUGAGGUGAUUUUAAGACGAAAAUCCUAAUACCAAAAUGUCGAGGCUAUAAUAGUUUUUAAAUUGUAAGUAUCUGUAGUUAGCGAAUUAGACUGCCUAAAGUUGACGCGCUCAGGCGCGGUACAACGCAAAGUGCUAAAGGCGAGAACUGAUUGUUGCCCCUCUUGUGAAAUUUCGAUAUGCGAAGAUAAGAUUGUUGUUUUUGAUAAUGUUUUCAUGCACUAAAAAUUGUAUUCCUCC